CUGUGUCUUUAAAAUGUCCACUGUAGGCACUCCUGAGAUUGAGCCAACUCCAGAGAUUGGAUCAACUAGUAUACCAUCUGCCACUACAUCAAUCAACAACAAGUCAUUAAAGAAUAAGAAAACAAGAUUAGCCUCUGAUGUUAUUGGACAAUUGGAGGAUAAGUUAAAAGAAAAUGAUCGAGAUAUUUCAGUAUGGUUAGAAUUAAUCUCAAAGAUUGAAUUAAAGGAUAAAACUCAACAAGUUCGUGAAACUUAUGAUAAAUUUUUUAAAAAAUUUCCAUUUUUUGCUAAACAAUGGAUUAAUUAUAUUAAUUAUGAAUUAAAUCGUGGUGAAUUUGAUAAAGUGGAGAAUAUUUUCAAAAGAUGUUUAUAUAAUACUUCUAGUGUUUUAUUAUGGAAGACUUAUGUGAAUUAUAUUAGAAGGAAAAAUAAUUUAAUUACUGGAGGUGAAGAAGCAAGAAGAGUUAUAUUCCAAGCUUAUGAAGUUGCUAUUAAUAAAGUUGGGUUUGAUCCUGAAUCUGGCUCAUUAUGGGAUGAUUAUUUUAGUUUCAUUGAAGAUUGGAAACCUGUUAGUACAUGGGAUGGUCAACAAAAGAUGGAUAUGAAGAGGAAGUUAUUUAAAAAGGCUUUAAACAUUCCAUUGAAUAAUUUAGAGAAUCUAUGGGGUAUCUAUACAUCAUUUGAAACCGAAUUAAGUCCAAACACUGCAAGAAAGUUCAUUGGAGAAUUAAGUGGACAAUAUAUGAAUUCAAGAUCAUGGUUUAAAGAAUGGUCAAAUUUAACAAAAGGUUUGAUUAGAAGUGAUGAUUUUGUUCCUAAGCAAGAUGAAUAUGAUUCAUUCCAAUUAUCGAAAUGGUUAGAUUGGGUUAAUUGGGAAAAAUCUAACAAAUUGGAAUUAGACAAUGAUAAAUUAAUUGAAAGAAUAGAAUUUGUUUAUAAACAAGCUAUUCAACAUUUAACCUUUUAUCCUGAAUUAUGGUUUGAGUUUGCAAAUUUUUAUAAAGAAAAUCAACAACAUUAUUCAAGUAUAAAUUUCCAAGAACUAUUGAAUGAAGCUAUAUUGGUUAAUCCAUUAUCAUUUGCACUAAAUUUUAAAUUGAUUGAAAGUUAUGAAGUGGAGAAUAAUACUGUAUUGGUUGGUAAAAAAUUUAGUUCAUUGAUUGAACAUUUAACUCAAAUACAUGAUGGGAAAAGUUUAGAAAUUGAAGAAUUGAAGAAUGAAUUAUUUGCUAAAUUAUCCAAAACCAUUUCCUUAACUUAUUGUCAAUAUAUCAAAUCGAUGAAAAGAUUAUCAGGUAUUAAAGAGGCUAGACAGAUAUUUGGAUUAGCUCGUGCUUCGAAAAAAGUUCUAACUCAUCAUGUUUUCGUUGAAGUUGCAAAUUUAGAACAUUUUGCCACAAAUACCAAAACUGCAAUCAAAGUUUUCGAUCUUGGUUUAAAACCAGCAUUUUUCAGUAAUGAUGGUGAAUAUAUUUAUAAAUAUUUGAAGUUUUUGAUAAAGAUUAAUGAUGAUACAAAUUCAAGAUCAUUAUUUGAAACCACUGUUAAUGUAAAGGGGAAAUUUAUUGAAUCACAAUGGUUGAAACGUAUUUUCAAGAUUUAUAUGAGUUAUGAAUUAAAUUUUGGUCAAAUUUCAAGUGUUGAUAAAUUGGAAAAGAAAUAUUUUGAAUAUUUCCCUGAAGAUUCCAAGAUACUAGUAUUUGCUGAUAGAUAUACGUUUGCAGAUAUUCAAGAUUGUGAUGAUGUUAGUGAUGAUUUAAUUAGAUAUAAUGAUUUAAAAUAUUCAGAAUUGGUUCCAAAAAAGAGUGUUUCUUCAAAGAGAAGAUUAGAAGAUGAUGAACAAGUUGAGAAUGAGAAUGAAGACUACAAGAUCAAGCAAUACGUUACAGAUGAAGUCUACAACCUAUUGAGAGUGUUGCCAAACAGUAGCAACUUCCAACAGCCAGUCUUCAACAAUACAAAGUUGAUUCAAUUGUUAAAUAGGCUAGAAUAA